AUGAAAGAAGCCCACGAGCUUGCUAGCAAGAAGAUUCGGGAUAAAGGAUUGAAGGCAAAGAAAUCGUACGAUCGCUGGAUGCGUAGCACGGUCCUCCAACCCGGAGAUAGAGUGUUGGUACGAAACCUAAGUGAACGUGGUGGCCCAGGUAAACUUAGGUCCUUCUGGGAGAGAGAGGUACAUGUCGUGAUUAAACGGAAAGGAUCGGACAGUCCUGUUUAUGAAGUCCAAUGUGAAAGCAACAGCGGAAAGACUAGGGUUCUCCACCGAAAUCUCCUCCCAUGCGACUACCUACAGCCCCUUCUCGCAAACGACGAGGACAAAGGCCAGAACCCACUGCAAUGUGCGAAAGUAACGAGUCUUCCAGUGACGAAGAGAUCGACGAUUUGGUAGUUUUACCAACCACGACCUCCGAUUAUCCUCCUCAACCACCAUUGUGCCCACCAGCGAUUCAACCUCCGACUGCCAACGAUCUGGUACUGCAGAACGAGAUUCCCGAAGAGUAUGUACAACUGCAGGAAGAUUUUACGAUCGAAACUCCAAACGCGCCCCCAGUUCAUGACCCUGGUCACAAGAUGUUGUCAACCCGAACCUACAUGAUGCUGAGGAAUUAA